CAAAAUUUCCGUCUUGCAUAGGAUAAGUAUUUUUGGGAGACUCCUCUAAUUCAGUCCCUAUCAUCUAGUAUGAAACGACGGCGGAUUCGACUCUCUCAAAAUCAAGGUUCUUCUGCCUCAAUCUACACGCUCUUUGAACAUAACUCAUGAUUUCAUUUGCGAUAAUACAAAAUCAUAAACUGGAGCAGUAUGUCAAAAUUCGAGAAAGGGUUAGACUAAAAUUUACUCAAGCCAUGAGUUCUGUUUUCCACAGAUUUAUUCAGCAAAUUUAUAUCAAUUUUCUAAGCCUCGGUGCCUCCUGUGAUAAAUCAACCAAACAUCCAGCAUCAAUUAUUCACGACGAACCAAAUAUGAACGAGCUCAUUCACGCAAACGGUUCAAUUAAUGACACCGUUAACAGUCACUAAUGAGCAUAUUAUCGCUCCACGAUGAAUCAGAAACCAAUAAAUUGCCCAGACUCUCGUGACACCGCGGCCAGUUUGACAACGAUUUUCACCGCCGGCAGUAGACAAACAAAGCGGAAACGGAAUGACUGCCAGUGCCGUAAUCGUUCUGUUGCUCCUGAAUCGAAUCGCUCUCAAAUUGAUGGUGGAAGGUUUCGAUAGCCCAAUUUGGCUGUACAAUCGAACCAUUCAGUCCCAUAUCGCAGCUAUCUUCGACCGGAUUGAUAACAUCGAUAUCGUAAUUGCUGACCAGGGUCCGGAUCAAAUGGAUCAGAUUGAUCGGAUCAUACGAGGUGGAACCAACGAGAGCGGAAUUCUUCAACGAAAAAGUUUUCGCAUCUACGGGCAAGCUUUUUCCGAGGAGGAAGGUUGUACCGGAGAACAAUCACUACUGUCAGCAAAGGUUCAUUUGACGGCUUCCAGUUCUUCGGACGGUUCGGCGACGAUGGAUCGAGACUACGAGGAUGAGUUCGAGUUCAUCCAGUGGGAUCGGUCGUAUGAGUCGUUCGUAAAGAUUUGGGAUCAAAAUCAGGACGAAGGUUACAUCGUGUUUGCCAAUCUCAGUACGUUCGGAACGUUGAUGCGAUGCCUGUUGGACCCCGUUGGGACGUAUUUGGUUAUACUUGAGAACGAGGGGCACGUUGAAAGGAAUGAAAUAAUGCGACUGUUGAAAUCGAUCUGGCAGAAUCAGGGGGUUUAUCGACUUUUUGUAGUGGCUGGACCGGAGAUCCAUACCUUUGAUCCGUUUGCCAUAAAUGGAUCGUCUUUCGGCACGUUACUACAAUUAAGCGAGGUCGGAAAAACUCCUCAAGUUCCGAAAGGCGAUUUCAAAGGGUACCCGUUGCGGGUCGACAUGUUCUGGUCAACGUAUAGUGUUCCAGUUCCCAACACCACGGUUUUCUUCUCGGGAGCUGAUGCCGUUGUUUGUGACGUUUUCGUGAAAGCUUUCAAUUUUACAGCCAUACAUUUGCCUCCAGACAAGGACAGCUUCGGUAUCUUGCUUCCCAAUGGGAGCUUCAAUGGCGUGAUUGGUCGGUUGACUCGCCGCGAAAGUGACGUCACCUUUAUUGGAUUUUUCAUCAAGGAUUACUUCAGCCGAGACGUUGAAUUUACCGCUGGUGUUUAUACCGACGAGUUAUGCUGUCUGGUUAAGAAAGCUAGUCGAGUACCUGAAUAUUUACUACCGAUAACCAUUUUUCCUUCGGAUCUCUGGGGGCUGUUGUUUCUAAUGGGAAUUGUUUGCACCGUAGUAUGGAUAAUUCUUCGGACCGGAAUACGUAUGCGGGCUAGAAAUCGACAGGAGCGUUGGGAUCUUAGUGAAAUAUUCAAUCUGUCAAACACCAUUCGAUCGGCACCGUUGUAUCGUAGAAUGCUUCAGAUCUGUGUCGAUACCUACAUUCUGUUGGUGAGCGCCCCCUACAGACGUUUUACACGUUCAGGAACCGAACGCCUUUUUCUUUUUGGUAUCAUCAUGGUCAGUCUGAUCUUCGUGUCUAUGUUCCAGUCACAGCUGUCAUCGGUUUUCGUCAAUCCAGUCUAUUACAAAGACAUCAACAGCCUACUACAACUGGACCAAUCCGGUUUGACAAUACCUGUGAAGUACAAAGGUUUUAUGGAUGACGUUUUUCCGGCCAAUUAUAGCGCAAUGAUGGAAUCGUUACGGAAUAAGUUAGUGUUCCAACCCACCAAUCUAUCGUUGCUUGCUCAAGUGGCUAAGCUGGGCACUAUCGCUACAGUAACUCGCAAGGCAACGCUAGCGCUUGACAAUGCGAUAUUUUUGUCCACCAAACAACUUUACAUGGUACCGGAGUGCCCUCGGAUUUAUAAUCUGGCGUACGUUACCGCACGUCACUCCGUACUUAUGGAGCAGUUCAAUGGUGUCCUGUUACGGAUGCUGAAUGGAGGCCUUAUUAAUCAUUGGAUCAACCAGAUGAACUACAAUGUCACGCUGCAUCACAGAGAACUCAUUCGCAACUCUCAAGACUCGGACUUCAAAGUACUGACCGCCGUUGACUUGCAGUUUCCGUUCUAUUUACUAGUGCUAGGGCUUUCCGUCAGUACAUUGGUAUUUAUCGGGGAACAAAUCUAUUUUAGAUUCACAAAACAAGCGAUAGGCUCGUGAAAUACACUGCCCGAUUCAACUUUGUAGUGAGCACGUGAAUGCGUAGAAUGGAAUUUCGAAGUUUAUUCGUGAUACUAACCGAUUUAAAGUUAUCCG